UCUCCCAUCUAUUUCUCUACCUCGUGUUGUAGCAUUGGUUGCGAGGAGCCAGGAACAAUGGGGCGCAGCUCUCAAUCUCCCCUUGUCUUCCUUCUCCUUGUCAUCAUCCUCUCCACCCCAACGGCAACUGUUGCUUCUCGUUUCCUGCGGCCACCAAGACAAGAACUUGUGAAGCUGAACGGGCUUCAAGGAUUGGAGCAUGCAGAAGGACCGGAGGAAGAGGAUGCUUGGAAUCUCAUGGGAACGGAAGAGUGUCAGGACGGAAACGAAGAAUGCCUAAAGAGGAGAGAGAUGACUGAGGCCCAUUUGGACUAUAUUUACACGCAACACCACACUAAGCCGUAGAAAAGGAAAGCAAGAAGGAAGCAAAGCAAGGAUGCGUUGUGAUGGGCUCUCAGAAAAGUUGCUUAAGGUAUCUAGGGUUCUUGAGAUCCCAUCUCUCACCUAACGAGUCAUAUAUACCCGAGGGGGAAUGAUAGAAGCAUCAGGUGGCAUUUAGUGUUAUAGAAAGAUGUUUUGUAUGGAUCUGUUGCCAUGUAAUGUCUGUGACGGCAUGACCUGAGCUAACACCAUUUUAAUAUAUAAAUAUAAAUAGUGGCAUCUAAUGUCAUAUGCUUUCCGUGUUU